AUGUCUCCGUGCUCUCCGCUUCCCUCUCCGCUUCCCUCUCCGCUUCCCUCUCCGCUUCCCUCUCCGCUUCCCCCCGUGCCCCAGGCACCGCACACGAUCCGCUUCUUCGACCGUCGCGACUACUACACCGUGCACGGCCCCGCAGCGAUUUUCGUCGCGCGCGUAUUCUACAAGACGCUCUCCGCCGUGCGCUACCUCUCCGCGGGCGGAGCAAGCGCGGCAGGAAGUUUCGCGGGCGCCAACGAUUCCGCUGCACUCCCCAGCGUGAGCGUCAACCGCAGCAUGUUCGAGUCGAUCCUCCGCCACUUGCUGCUAGAGGAAGGCGGAGGCGGAGGCGGAGCGGGGGGAACAGGCGCGGAGGGUGGUGGCGGAGACGGCGGCGGUAACAGCGGCGGUUCCGCCACGGGCGGCGGUGGCGGGUAUUCGACUGUGGAGCUGUACGAAGGCGGCGGCGCUAGCUGGCGGCUCGCGCGGGCCGCCACGCCCGGGCGUCUGACCGCCUUUGAGGACGUGCUGUUCGCGACGCGCGACAUGGGCGACUCGCCGACGGUGUGCGCCGUGAUCGUCGCCGCGAGCGGCGGCGGCGGGGGGGGCGGCGCGAAGGACGGCGAGCGACGCGUCGGGCUGGCGUUCGUGGAUCUGACGAAGCGCGCCGUGGGAAUGACGGAUUUUCUGGACGACGAGCAGUACACGUGUCUGGAAUCCGCGCUCGUCGCGCUGAGCUGUCGCGAGUGCGUGGUUCCGCAGGAGGGGGGCGGGGGAAGUGGAGGGGGAGGCGGAGGCGCGGAGAAGAAGGGGGCCAAGUCGCUCGAGGCGCGGAGAUUAAGAGACGUGAUGUCGCGAUGCAACGUGCUCAUAGUUGAGCGGAAACGGGCGGAGUUUAAGCCGCGCGACGUGGAGCAAGACCUGGGGAGGCUUUUAAGGGGAACGAGCGGCGCAGGGGGAAGGGGCGCAGGCGGAGGCGGAGGGGGAAGCGGAGGGAGGAUGACGGGAGCAGCAGGAGUAGGGGGUCGAGGGGGAGGAGGCCAGAAGGUUACUGUAGACUCUGAAAUCGCGGGGGCUGCGAUGGCUGCUGUACUCGCUUAUGCUGAUCUGUUAGCAGACGAUAGUAACUACGGGCGUUACACUCUCCUCCCAUACAGUCUCCACACGCACAUGCGCCUCGACGCGACCGCCCUCCGCGCCCUCAACGUCACCGAAUCCAAAACGGACGGAAAUAGAAACUUUUCCUUAAUGGGACUGAUGAACCGCACGUGCACUGCGGGCAUGGGGAAAAGGUUACUAAACCGGUGGCUGAAGCAGCCGUUAGUGGAUGAAGAGGAGAUUAAGUUUCGGUUGGAUGUGGUGCAGUCGUUUGUAGAGAGCGGUGGGAUGAGGCAGGAGGUGCGGGGGCAUCUGAGACGCAUGCCGGAUAUAGAAAGGCUGACUAGGCGGCUCGAGAUGCGGCGAGCUGGGCUGCAGGACGUGGUUAAGCUGUAUCAGGCCAGCAUUCGCCUUCCAUUCAUCCGAGAGGUGCUUGAAACCCACGGAGGCUCGUUCCGCCCGAUGCUGCAUGAGAGGUUUGGCGCGAGCCUGCUCGAGUGGUGCGGGGCGGAGCACUUAGCUAAGUACGAGGGUCUGGUGGAAGCAGCAGUAGACUUAGACGCUCUGCAGUCAAACGGAGAGUAUUUAAUAGCUCCAGGUUAUGACCCAAGCCUAGGGGAGAUUAAAGAGGAGAGGGAGGGGGUUGAAGUCGAAGUGCAGAGAGCGUUGCAGCAAGCAGCAAACGAUUUAGGCCUCAUAGUGGAUAAGACGAUUAAAUUAGAUAAGACGGCGCAGGCGGGGUAUUGCUACAGGAUAACGAAGAAAGAGGAGACAAACGUUAGGAAGAAGCUGAAUUCGUCGUAUGUGACUCUUGAGACCAGGAAGGACGGAGUCAAGUUCACGAAUGCGAAGCUCCGGAGGCUGAGCGAGCGCCACGUGGCGCUCACGGAUUCGUACAUGGCGGCUCAGCGGGAGCUCGUUGCAAAGGUGGUGGAAGUGGCACAAACGAUCUUGGAGGUGUUUGAGGGCGUGGCAGCACUGAUCGCUGAAAUGGACGUGCUACAGGGUUUUGCCGAGCUUGCAGCUUCGGCUCCCACUCCCUACGUCCGACCCUCCAUCUCAGGCCCGGAGGAGGGCGAUCUAGUGUUGGAGGACAGCCGGCACCCAUGUGUGGAGGUCCAGGAUGACGUCAGCUUCAUUCCCAACCACUGCCGCCUGGAGAGGGGUCGCAGCUGGUUUCAAAUCAUCACAGGGCCCAACAUGGGCGGCAAGUCAACGUUUAUACGCCAGGUGGGAGUGGUGGUGCUGAUGGCACAGGUGGGGUGCUUCGUGCCUUGCUCCCGCGCACACGUGAGCAUACGAGAUGCCAUCUUUGCCCGCGUGGGCGCUGGCGAUUGCCAGCUGAGGGGAGUGAGCACCUUCAUGGCGGAGAUGCUCGAGACAGCCGCCAUCCUGCAUGCCGCCACGCCGCACUCGCUGGUGAUCAUUGACGAGCUGGGAAGGGGAACGUCGACGUACGAUGGCUUUGGUCUCGCGUGGGCUAUCUGUGAGCAUCUAGUGGAUGUGACUAGAGCGCCCACACUCUUCGCCACGCACUUUCACGAGCUCACGGCUCUCGAAACCCGAGAUGCUUCCUGUGGUGUUGCCAACUUCCACGUCAGCGCGCACAUUGAUGAAGCUUCCAGGAAGCUCACCAUGCUUUACAAGGUGCAACCAGGCCCGUGUGAUCAGAGCUUUGGCAUCCACGUGGCAGAGUUUGCACACUUCCCUCCCGAAGUGGUGGCCAUGGCACGAGCCAAGGCACAGGAGCUCGAAGACUUUGCCCCUCCUGCUGCUCAUGCUUUCCUCGCGGCGAUGCUCGAUAUCGCACACUGCAGUCACGAGCAUAUCGACACCUUUUCAGCCAAGCUGCUGGGAGCGAACGAGGUUCCCAAGAACGACUCUCAAGCCGCAAAGAACGCCGUCGGCGACCAUCGCGGCGUUGUCUACAUGAAGCUGAACAUCUACAUGGAUGACGACAAGCCCAAGUGGGUCAAGUACACGGUGAAAACCUCCCGGCUGAAAGGAGAGAUGCCGCCGACCAAGACGCACGUGCACAAGGGGGAGAAGGGGAAGAACGACGCCGUCCUUCUUGACCUGCCGUGCCAGUACGAGAAGAAGGGCGACGAGCAGUGGCGAUGCGAGGGCUCCCUCGGGAAGAACAAGGAAGAUCGGUCGGAUAAGCUGCUGUCGGCUCUUAGGGAGAUUGUUAAGAAACCCAGUGCGCAUUACGGUAACAUUCAUACUAAGCGGUACCCUGAUGGCGCCGUGCGUGGUCAGUUCUCAAAGGAGUAG